AUGAAGGUGGAGGGAGAGGUGGGCACCGGAGGCGCAGCGGCGUCCGGUGCUCGCGGCGGUACUGACUGCUGUAUCACCAGACUGCUGAGUGUCGUGGAGAGCGAGUUACAGGCCGGCAGAGAGAAAGGAGACCCCACGGAGAAACAACUCAAAGUCACCCUGGAAGAUGCUGAACUGUGGAGGAAAUUCAAAGAGGUGACGAAUGAGAUGAUUGUGACGAAGAACGGCAGGAGGAUGUUUCCCGUUCUGAAAGUGAGCGUGACAGGUCUGGAUCCCAACGCCAUGUACUCCAUCCUCCUGGACUUCAGUCCUUCAGAUGGGCACCGAUGGAAGUAUGUGAACGGCGAGUGGAUCCCUGCGGGCAAACCUGAGCCUCACAGCCACAGCUGUGUCUACAUCCACCCUGACUCGCCCAACUUCGGUGCACACUGGAUGAAGGCUCCGGUGUCAUUCAGCAAAGUCAAACUCACCAACAAACUCAACGGAGGUGGCCAGAUCAUGCUGAAUUCACUCCACAAGUACGAGCCACAGAUUCACAUUGUUCGUGUGGGAGGCAGUCACAGGAUGGUGACCAACAUCUCUUUCACAGACACUCAGUUCAUCGCUGUAACCGCCUACCAGAACGAAGAGAUAACCGCACUGAAGAUCAAACACAAUCCUUUCGCCAAAGCCUUCCUUGAUGCCAAGGAAAGGAGUCAUCCUAAGAAUUACCUCGAACCUCCAGCCGAAAACCCGCAUGUGGGCAUACCACACUGUGGAUGGUUCUUAUCAAACCCUGAGACUCUGUGUUCUGCCGGUGGUGGUAACUUUCCAUACGCCGGAGGUCUGCAGUUAACACCUCAUCACGGAUACAAACACUACCCGAGUCUGCACGGGCACCGAGCGGCACCGUACCCGUCACCCUAUCUGCCUCGCCAUCAUCAUCACCGAGCUCAACACUCAGUGUCUCUGUCUGAGAAUCUGAAUCCGAGUGCGGUGCAGAUGUUCCCUGGUCACGAUGGCUGGACGGGUGUGUCUCCUCCUGGCCCGGCUGCGAUGUUGUCCAUGCAGUCUGCUCCGAGCCCACCCGGAGCCAGCAGUCAGUAUCCGUAUCUGUGGACCGUGAGCAGUUGUGCGAUGUCCUCCAGUCCUCCAGGGGGCGUCGUGAGCGGCACACUUACCCAUGAGGAGUCUGCGGACUGCGUCUCCACCUCCACAUCCCCAUGCUCACUGCUUCAGGGCCACGGACCAACCAGCUCUGAGGGCGGUGUAGACCAAGCCAAUCACAGUAGAGUGGGCGGGGUGAGCUGGUCUUGUGUAACCACCCACUCGUUUUAA